ACCUCCCAUCCCCUUCCGGCCUUCCCCCAGCCCCACGGCCGCGUCGCCUACCCCUCCCGGCCGAAACCACCCCGGCCUCUUCCUCACCCAAUAUCCACCGAAUAUUCAGCUCGGCUGAUCCGCUAUAAAACCAAACCAGAAACCAACCCGCCCGCCCGCGCAACGUGUUUAUCCGUUUCGGGUUGGACCCAUGAGAUAUUUCGCUGGGAUCCCGACGGCGCACGGGACGAAUUCCUCCGUGCGGUGGUGGUGGUAACCGAUACACAAACUCCCAAGUCAAAAAUCAGCCCAUAAAAAUUUUAUGGGCGGAUCACCCGUCGCCGCCCAGGAAGCGAGCGACGACGACGCCGCCCGAGUCGUGGUGCGAGUCGCGGGAUCCCACGUCGACUCCGCCUCCAAUCCCCUCCCCCCGCCGGGCUCGGCGACUCCUGCAGCGGAGGGAGAGCAGGAGCACACCAAGCCGGAGGCCCCAGCUGAGGCGGCGGCGCCGGCUCCGGUAGAGGCUAAGCAGGAGGCGGCGACGGCAGCUGCUGCAGCAGCAGGCGUGCAGGCCAUGGCGGUCACCGUGGUGCGGGACGUGGAGGCGGGCCGGGUCGCGAGCACCAGCGACCAGGGCGGGGACAAGCCUUCCUGGUUCACGCCUAAGAGAUUACUUGUCAUGUUCUGCAUUAUCAACAUGCUAAACUAUGUUGAUCGAGGAGCAAUAGCAAGUAAUGGUGUCAAUGGUAGCCGCACAAAAUGUUCUGGUGGAACAUGCUCCCCAGGCUCAGGAAUUCAGGGAGACUUUGAUCUUAAUAACGCUGAAGAUGGUGUGUUGUCCUCCGCAUUUAUGGUUGGACUGUUGGUGGCUUCGCUGAUAUUUGCCUCCCUGGCAAAAAGAUAUAAUCCUUUCAGGCUUAUUGGUGUUGGCUUGUUAGUGUGGACAAUCGCAACAGCUGGUUGUGGGGCCUCGUUUGAUUUUUGGUCAAUUACUAUAUGCCGCAUGUUAGUUGGUGUCGGUGAAGCUUCAUUUAUAAGUCUCGCAGCUCCAUUCAUAGAUGACAAUGCACCUGUAGCUCAGAAAACAGCAUGGCUUGCUAUGUUCUACAUGUGUAUACCAACCGGGAUAGCAUUAGGCUAUGUUUAUGGCGGACUGGCCGGAAAAACACUGGGCUGGCGUGCUGCUUUCUUUGGAGAAUCAAUUUUGAUGGUUCCUUUUGUUAUUCUAGGAUUUGUGAUAAAGCCACUAGAACUGAAAGGAUUUUCUCACAAUGGAAUAAAAGAAUAUGGCCAGAUGCUUACUCCCGAGGUUCAAGAUCAGAUAAAUAAUAAUGGGACAAAGCAUGUUAUGCCUGGUGGAAUCGAUGAUCUUGCAGGAAAGGUCCCACAAAAGUUUUCCUUCUCCAGAUUUGGCCGAAGUCUCAUGACUGAAAUUGGUCUUUUUAGCAAAGAUAUGAAAGAACUACUACAAGAGAAGGUUUUUGUCACCGUGGUCUUAGGUUAUAUCUCCUACAAUUUUGUCAUUGGUGCUUAUUCCUACUGGGGCCCCAAGGCAGGCCAACAGAUCUACAAUAUGACAAGUGCGGAUUAUAUGUUUGGUGGAAUAACUAUAGUGUGUGGAAUCGUUGGAACUCUAGCCGGAGGUAUCACCCUUGACAAGAUAGGGUCUACAAUACCUAAUGCUUUCAAGCUUCUUUCUGGCGCAACAUUUCUAGGGGCGAUAUUCUGCUUUGGCGCCUUUUGUUUCAAGAGCCUUUAUGGAUUCAUACCCUGUUUUUCAGUAGGGGAGAUUUUAGUUUUUGCAACUCAGGCACCAGUAAAUUUUGUGUGCCUUCAUUCGGUGAUGCCACAUUUGCGGCCACUGGCAAUGGCCGUAUCCACUGUUUCGAUCCAUGUAUUUGGUGAUGUGCCUUCUUCACCUCUUGUUGGGCUUCUUCAGGACAAAAUCAAUAACUGGAGGUCCACAGCUCUUAUAUUGACAUCCAUCCUUUUCAUUGCAGCUGUAUUUUGGUUUAUUGGCAUAUUUGUCCCCAGCGUGGAUCGUUUCAAGGAAGAGAGCGAGCAUGGUGUUCCUGCGGCCGAGAGAUCAAACCUCAGGCCACUGCUCGAUGACAACGACGAGGCACGGACAUCUGACUAAAAUCCGUGCUAGUCAGAGCAAGUCAUGACCCUUUUUUUUUAAGGUAAUCUUAGCCGGAUUAUUUCCCUUGUGCUAGCAGCAUGUGAAAUGUAAAAUUGCAUGCCAGCUGGCUGUACCAUGUACAUAUAAUAGGUCCGUUUGGUUUGCGUUCUUUUCUACUAUAGUGUACUGUGUAGUGUGUACAGACUACAGAAACAGGCAAUGUCAGGAUUAUUUUUUUACGAAUGUGAAACAUUUCAGAAUGUGACAAGGACUAAACUUUCCCUGUAACCAUACACCCCCUAAGGGUUAUUUCCCUUGUGCUAGCAGCAUGUGAAAUGUAAAUUUGCAUGUCA